CUUGUGGAAUAUAAUUGCACCUUGUCAACUUGGUUACGCUGUCUGAUUUUGGCGUUAAUGAAAUGCUAACGCAAAUAUAUCUAUUUCCAAUCCACAUAGCUGGGCUUUGUUUCUGAUAAAUUGGGUUCCGAAGGCUAAGAGUCAAAAAAAAUAAUAGACUUAUGGCACUCUCAAAUUAUACUCGAACAAAGGCAAAGAGUGACGAACUGAUCCCGUGAAAGGGGUUACCCCUCAUUACUAUAUAUUAAAAGCAAAUAUAGCAUUCACUUGCUAAUAUGGUGCCGAUUAAUACAGGUUCAUAGACAGGCUUAAUUUGUUCCCUAAAUACCCCGCGUGCUCUCUCACUUUGUAAGCAUCCUGUUCUUGAUUUUCUUGAUCAUCUGUGAAAUACAAAUUCUGGUAAUUCACAUUGAUUUCUGAUGAUCUGAUUACGUGAAAGGGGUUUCCCCUCAUUGCCAUUAAAAGUAAAUAUAACAAUCGCUUGCUAAUCAAAUAACACAAAUUCUACAGACGAUUCCCAGCCAGAGAAUUGGCCCUCUAUCAGUUUCUAGAAACCUGUCAUUGGGGGAAGGGAAUGUUUUGAGGAGAAUCACAUGGUGUUCAUGGGGAAGAUAGUGGGGGAUCAGUCGUCUCUAACAGAGUUUAUAGGUUUACUGUAGCAAAUUGACCUACGGGGGAUCAGGUAAGUUUUAUUUUGACACAACAAAAAUCCCCUCCCCUCCCCUCCCCCCGAGGAAAAAUUAUGACCUCUCCCAUUGAAAUCGCAAGAGUGCUCGGUGAAAUUUCAGUUGUUAAUUUCCUUUGUUAUCUCUACACUCCCUCGACAGGAUCUGAUAUCAAUGAUGCAGAGAACCAGAUCGUUGUUAAAAACGAUGCAAGGGACGUACACAUACCUUGCUCAAUAAACACGGAAGGUCAGCCCCAGUCGGACCUUGGUUUGUAUUUGUGCCCGACGAUGGCACAAUGCAGAAGUGAUAGGGACAGAUUCAUAAUCGCUCGGAUAGAAAAAAGAACCGUCUUUAAUUAUUACCCUGAGGAGUACAAACUUACCUUAAAUGGGACAUUGAUUGUACGGAAGAUAUCAUCAAAGUAUGACGGAAUGGUGGUCUGGUGCAUUGGACAAAUUCGGUACCAGGGAACGCGAGAAAACACCACUCUUAUUCAAAUAGCGAGAGAGAGGCCCAAAAUUAGGAUAACAAGUCCACAACCAUUCUUGGUGGUCGAAGGAAUGAAUCUGCACCUAGACUGCGAAGCAACUGGUUUUCCUUCUCCCCGGGUGAUCUGGUUUCGACUUCCUGGCAUGCAAAUGCUUCAGAAUCGAACGAACGAUGAAGCUACAAGUUUAGAGCGAAAAAACAUCACCAAAGAUGACGAAGGAGUCUACAUUUGCACAGCUAAAAAUCCACUAGGAAAUGAUAGCUAUGAGGUGCAAGUAACUGUCAUCGAUUUCCCAAGUUCAAUAGUGUCAACUCCAACAAGUACUACUCGCAGAAUUAUUGUGGGUGCGUCUGAAUUUCAAAGUUUUGUUUAUUUUCGUUGUUGUUGUUGUUGUUUUUCAAUUUCUUUCGAUUUCAGUUCACUUUGUUUUGUUUCUUCUGGUUUCUGCUUUUGAGUUUGUAUCUUUUGUUUUCGUUUUCUUGGUCGUAAUUCGUUAAGCGCUCUUUAAGUCCUUAUUUUGGUUUUAAUUUUGGUUUGCUGCUUCCUCCCAAAGAGCUGAAAAAGAAAUAUGUAAACCAAGUUUAUUCCCUCAUUCCAGGCUAUCGUAAAGACGUUUUGUGCUUAAGAAAACAAUAAACUUCUUGAAAAUUUGAAACCAAGUCAGUUUCCUGUCCUUUAUCGCUCUAAAGAUGAAUCGAUGUGAAUUAAUUGAAUUUUUGUGUCACAGAUAAACAUGAAAGUCGAGAAGACGAUGCUUACAAAGUGAUCACUUUUGCGUUGUUACCACUCCUGGUACUUGCGACCGUAGGGAGUGUAGUCUUGUUCUGGCGUAGUGCAACUUGUGGACGCUCAAGCCGAGGAAAUAAUUCGCACGAAGUAACGAUUCCUGUAAAUGUUUGACAGUUUUUCAAAAGUAAACGAGAGCGAUAACUAGAAAAAAACACACAAAAAGCUGAAGUGUAAAAUGUACAGAAAACUGCUCUUACAAGUUUUGCUUGUUGUGAUAGCUAAAAAUUUGCUUCAUUCGUGCCCAUAAACUUAAGACAGAGCCAAGAAAAUUAAUUGUAUACCUGUAAAUAUCCAAAACAAGCUCUAAAGUUUUGUAAAAAUUCACCUUGUUGUAAGUAAGGGUUUAUAUUUAUAACAUCAGAGACUGGGAGAAGGAAAGGAACUUCCUAUUUCUAUAAUAUCUUCCUGAAUUAGUCAUUGUAACUUUGCCGUGCAGUGUCACGUUGUAUUUAAUUGAAAUUGAAGAGGCUGCCCGUUUUCCUCUUCUCAUUUUUCAAGCUCCUAACUUCGCAUCAAAAUUAGUGAUGGACAAAUCAAUGAACUCGAAAUCAUACCAAAGUAUUAAAAAUAUUUUCUUGUAAGUUUUAAUAUAUUUUGAACGCAUCAGAAGUUUUUUAUCCUUAUGAUUACUACGAAGAAACACGUUAUGCGUUGCAGAUUUCAGGCAUUAGAAAAAAAAAAACUCGACAAACGAGUUACUUGAACAACGUUUUAUCACAGUUCUUGCAGGCUUUGUAUACUUUAACGUUCUUUGCAUGUAAGUUUGCACUAUUGAGAACCAUGAAUAUUAAACGAAUAUUUUGAACUUU